AUGCCUGCUCCUUACUCUGACAAUCUCUAUUCCGCCGACUCUGACGAUGAACCUGAUGCCCUCUCGCCAACAGACGGUUACUUCCACGCGUCGUCUGAGUCGUCGUCAUCUCGCUCUGGACAAAACGUACCUCAUGUUCCAAAUGUGCUUGUCGAGGACCCAACUCAAUUGAGUCGCGAUGCAAAAAUUCAAGAAGCAGAGAGGGAGAGGAGGUUGUUAAAUACCGGAGGCUCUGCUGGACGCAACCCUGAAAGCACUGCCUCGUCACACGAGAACGCGAGUGGCUCGGAGAACCCCAUCGCAUCGACGCCACGUUCUCCUCCAAGAGCUUCUCCUCUGUUUGCUCAUCCAGUUGACGCACCACCUGCUUACUCGCCCUCACCUACAACAACUUCACCGCCAACUACAGUGAAUAACUAUCAAACCUUUGCUUCUACAGCUACAAUGGGUCGGCCUGAGGAGAAUAGACCUUUGAUCAACCAUGCUCCAGAGUCUAUGAGCAGCCCCUCCAACUCAGCUCAACAACCAUCACGUUGGCAACAAUUUAAAGACUCCGUCUCAAACUUCAACAUCAGGAAGAAAGUCAAGACAGUCCUUGCUUCGCUUCUCAUUUUCUCUGUCGUUUUUAUGAUCUUCAGCAGCUUUACUAUGCAGUCUAACCACGGCCCACACUCAAAACCAGUCGAGGAUAAUGAUCCCGUUGCACCACCUGCCGACGACGGCGAUGACUUCGACUGGAAUCCUUCGCGAACUUGCCUUGAAAAGCCUCAACACUCCGCCCAUUUCAUUGAGGAAAUCGAUAUCCAAUCUGACCGCAACCUUAGCAUUAUACAAAGAAUGGUCAAGUCCAAUGACCUUAAAGGAUGGAGCACCCAUGUCUCUGGUGAAGUUAUUCUUCGGCCUGUAGAAGAUUCCUCGCCUGCUAGCAUCGAGCUGCAGGUUAUCUCCAACCACGACAACCUCAGGGUUAAGGCCGACUUCAACAAGACAACUCAGGUCUUUGAGAUCAAGGUGCCACGCAGAGUCGACUGGAGCUCGUCUGACAAGGCUCCUUGCAUCCAAAUACGUAUCACGGUCUCUACUCAUCGUGAGACUAUCCUUGACCAUCUUAACAUUGAGACUCAGCAGCUUGACGUCAACCUCAAAGAGGGGGUCGUUCUGGGAGUCCAGAAUGGGGUCAACAUUCGAAGCGCCAGCGGUGAUAUCACUUCGCCUGGCAUCAAAACGAUCAAGGGCAAGGAAGUUGUUCCUUACACUCUCUCAUCCCGCGAAAUCCGCAUUCAUACAGCCAGCGGCGAUGUCAAGGGAUGGUAUCCCCUUUACGACCUCCUCGACAUCGAAACGGCCUCAGGCGAUAUCAUCACCAACAUUGGACCGAAACCAGUGAACCCUCAGAAUGUUCGACCUGCUGAGUUUCGUGUGCGCUCUGCUUCAGGCACGGUCAAGAUUGAUGAGCCUCUCACUAGUGCUCAGAAGGCUGCUCGCCCAGAUCGCGAGUUCCCACCACGCGACUACACAGUUGAUAUCAUCACGGCAUCUGGAGAUAUCACGGCCGAUGUCGCCGCGAGCUCACUAGCGUCUUUCAAAUCGCAGUCUGGUGAUAUGAAGCUGCAAAUCUGGCCAGUUCUGGACUCGAGUUUGUUGACUAUAAACGAAAAGGCGAAGCCAACAGUCAUCACGGACACAAAGAGUGGCGAUACGCAUGUGACGAUUCUGGAGCCCCUGUGGACGAGCCUUGCUACCAUCGGCGAAACGAUCCCUCCCGUCAAGCCUUAUGAUCCGACAGAUGGUAGCGAUCCAUACAUUGUUCUCCCGGAAGGAUCUGAGCUUGCUGAAAUUAGCAUGGCCAGACCCGUGCUUUCGGUUCUUCACUCCAAACACAAGUCAGUCAGCGGCAAAAUUGAGCUCUACUAUCCUAAUUCUUGGGAGGGCAUGUUCUUUGCAAACUCCAUUUCGGGUUCACAAGAAUUCAAGGGCAAAGACGUAACAGUUGACCACGGAAGAGGAUCGAUCCCACCACAUCUCAUCAGUGGAAGAAAGGGCAAGGGGUUCUCCCAGCUCGACAUUAGUACCGUGUCUGGCGACCAAUUCGCCCUGCUCGGAGAGGAAGCAUGAGAGAGAGAUACAAAUAGUAAUGAAAUAAGGCAACAGCGAGAUACACGAAUGGAUAAUGACUAUGGCGUACCGGCGUUGAUGAUAUUACACGAGAACUUAUUGCUUGGACAGCACCAUUCGUUAAGGAUAGGAACUUGGGAUACCAUAUCGUUCGUUGAACGUAUUAUUGACCGCAAUAAAAUACUCAUCAAGAACCUCCUUGUCCCAACGAAACAGUUUUUCGAAACAAUAGCCAAGUUUAUUAACCCCAGAUCCAUG